AAGUGAUAGAAGGCGUGGUUAAAGAUGGAGGACAACACAACGUCAACAACAACUGUAGAAGUUACUCUUUCGACUAGUUCAACUCUAGAAAAAGAUGAGUGGAGCGACAAGGUUAAUAAUCAUUCCGUAUCUCGUUCUGAUCUCAAUUCUGUGAUAAUGGAUUAUUUGGUUAGGGAGGGGUUUAAAGAGGCAGCCCUCUCCUUUCAAAAAGAGACAGGAAUACAGUCAGGACUAGAUGACUCUCUAAUGGAGAGCCAGAUACAAAUACGAUCAGCAAUCGAAACAGGAGAAGUACAAAAAGCAGUUGAGACAUUGAAUGAUUUAGAUCUAGUAAUACUAGACACUAAUCCAGAUUUAUUCUUCCACUUACAACUACAGCAGCUAUUGGAGUACAUACGUCAGGGCAAUGUAGAUGAGGCAUUAGCAUAUGCCCAGUCAGAGCUCUCUGCUAGAGGUGAAGAAAAUUCAAAAUUCCUUGAGGAACUUGAAUCUGCCUUAGCUCUGUUAGCUUAUGAUGAUCCUAUAAAAAGCCCUUUUGCUUAUCUACUACAGCAUUCUCAGAGGCUAAAAGUUGUGAGCGAGUUAAACUCGGCCAUUUUGAGCAACCAAGGGAAGGAAGAAGUCUCAAGGCUCAGUGUACUGAUGAAGCUUGUAUUGUGGGCACAGUCUAACCUGGAGAAGAAAGGAGCUAACUUUCCUAAGCUUACCAGUAUAUGCAGUAGUACACUCACUCACCCUCAGUAGCUGAACUGUGCAGCAUAAAUUAUGAGACAAACAUUUCAUUUUAUGUCCAUUGUGCAAAAAUUCUUUUAAAAAAACAAAUGCCCACUAUUGAUGGUCAUAAUAGUA